AUGUUCCUGCGGCGCCAGCUGGACAUCACUGACCUGGCCAGAAGGGGAGACAUUGGCGAGAGCCAUUGCAGUAAAAUCUGUAGCAAUAGGAGCAAGGGAUGUAGCAGUGAAUGUGGGUGUAACAGGUGUGGCAGCAGCGAGAGCAGGAACCAGUUGGCAGUGGUGGUUAAUCCAGUGGACCACCCGGGGAACGUGGAUGGGGGAGGGCAGGGCGGCGACCACCAGGUGGCCAAGGAUGUCACAGCUCAAUACGUGGAGGGCUGGGAUUGGAUCAUUCCCAUCCGGGAUCGCAACACGGGCAUGUGGGAUCAAGUGCACGUGGCUGUCACGGGGCCCGUGACCAUCGGGGACCCUCAUCUCGUGGCUGUCUUCGCGUCCCAACGCUGCAAUGACACGCAAGCAGAUGGUGCGAAGAGGGAGCAUGCAGAUGGAGCGAAGAGGGAGCAUGCAGAUGGAGCGAAGAGGGAGCAUGCAGAUGGAGCGAAGAGGGAGCAUGCAGAUGGAGCCAGUGCAAAGGAUGACGUCACCCAUCCAUCAGUUCUUCCCUGCAACACCCACACACACACGCCUCCUCCUUCCUCCUCCUCCACUCCCGCCCCUCCCGCCCCUCCCUUCUGCCCCUCUGCCGCGUCUCUCCACUGCUCCCUCACCCUCACCAACUCCCUUCCCAUCCCCCUCCGCACGCGCGUGUCUCUCGAGCUUGCCUUCACUCCCGGCCCACACCAGAGGGGCGGUGGAGGGGCGCUUGGACGGGGAGGGGCGAGGGGAUGGGGGGGUGGGGAAGGAGGGAGGGUGAGCGGGGAGGGGGUGUGGGAGGAGGAGGAGGGGGAAGGGGAGGGGUUUGUGAUGGUGGAGGGAGUGAGGGAGGAGGAGGUGGAGGUACUGGGCAACAGCAGCAUCACUCACACAUUCCAGCCGCUACUCGUGUCCCGCCCCCACCUGUGGUGGCCCAAUGGCAUGGGCGCACCGUCGCUGUACGAUGUGGCAAUCACCGCCUCUGUGCUGCACCCCUCCUGCCUCGCAUCCUGCCACCCCACUGGGAAAGCCACAGUGGCAGUGGAUGACCUGUUGUCGUCAGCCUCACCCACUUCCCUACCAACCUCCUAUCCACAUCUCUCCUCACCUUCCCACUCCUCACCUGACUCUUCCUCGCCACAACCCCCCGCGCCUGCCUCUGCAUCCUGGAGCCGGAUUCUCUCUCACACGCUGACUCACAGUCUCGGGCAGGCGAAAAGUUUUGUCAGCUCGGCCUU